AUGAAAUUUCUCAAAUUUAAUAAAGAAGAUGAUCGGCCAAAAACCGAAAAUGAUGAAAAUGGUAAUUAUAUAAUAAAUGACAAUUGCCAAAUAAAUAAAGACAUAGAGUUAAAUGAAAUAUCUAUAAAAAAAGAUGAAGAUAUCAGUAAUCCAAAAUGUUUAACAAAAUGGAAGUUACUUAAGAUAUUGCUUACAAAAUUAAUAAUUUCCUUUGGAUUUUUCAUAAUUUCAUUGUUUAUACAAAGCUUCUUUAUGAUAUAUAGUGACUCCUAUUAUAUACCAUAUACAGCACCUUUAAAUGAUCGAAUCCAUACAAUGCUUGGUGGUAGUCCACCUAAAUGGGCUUCAUAUAAUUUGGCAAAUAGUUUAGUGGGUUUACUAUCAGUUACAUUUGCUCAAUUGAUAAUAUUUAAUAGUAUAUAUUUAUCUAUAGCUAUUAUUUGUCGAUUUUUUUAUAUGCAUGGGCUUUUUUAUCUUUUAAGAGGAAUACUAUUAUACAUUACUUCACUACCUGCUACAUUAAAAACAUGUAUACCCCUAGAGAAUGGAAAUAUAGGUUUUAAACUAUUGCAGGUCCUGAAAAUGAAUUUAAACCUGGUAUCUGUAUGCACAGAUUUAAUUGUAUCGGGGCAUACUUUUACAACAACAAUAUUUUUAUUAUUUGUAUUUUGUUAUGUGGACAAUGUUAUAUUAAAAAUAAUUACAGCUUUGUUAUCUUGUUUCAUAUAUUCCAUUUUGAUUAUUGGAUUUAUACAUUAUACAUCAGAUGUAGUAUUAGGGAUAUUGAUUGGUUUUUUUAUUUUUGGGUUAUACCACAUAUUACUUGAUUUGUCAUCCUUACAUUAUAUAACAUCCACAUUAUAUGAUGUUAGAGGUAUAUCAAGUAAGAAAGAGAAUAAAAAUUUUGAAGGCAAGCCAUUUUUUUUAAGAUCUUUUUUAUUAAGAAAUUUAAUGGGUAUUAUCCCACUCUUAGAAGGAUUACAUUACACAUUAGAUUAUGCAAUGAAUCAAAAUAGCGAUACAUUUGGAUUUUGUAAUUGUGAGAAUAAUUUGAACGAAGAUGGUGUACCUAUAGAUUUAUUUAAAGAACCUCAGGUAAAAGAUAAAUCAUUUUUUGGAUAUUCAAACCAUUUAUCUCAUGUAUAUGCUGGAGAUGGCAAACAUAACUUUUUAUUAUUUAAAUUGUUUGGACCUUGCCCAAGGGAAUAA